AUGUACCGCGAAUUAACUAUCUCAAGCGGAGUCCCAGCUCAUAAAUUGCGAAAAGCUUUUCGCGAUGGCAAACUAUCACUAACGGCAGCUGAGCUACAGGGAUCAGGUGCUAAACUACAUCUUCAUCCAGAAUCACAUGAGAAGGUGCUCAAAGCUAAGAAAGCUGGCCGUGGCGUUCGUCUCCAUAUUACGAGGCAUGAGAUUAAGAAGGGAUACAAAAAGGCUCAAGGAGGGUCAAUCUGGAGCAAGAUCUGGCAUGGAAUCAAAUCCGGUUUCAGAUUUGCCAAGGAUAGUGGUUUACUUAGCAAGGCAGCCGAUGCCGCCGUUCCAGCGCUUGCGACUGCACUUGGUCAACCAGAACUCGCAGUACCCGCCAGAGCAGGUCUAAAAACCUUAACAGGUGUAAGGCUGGAUGGGUAUGAUAGCGAUGAGGAGGGUGGUCGUAUCAGUAUGGCUGACGUAAAAAGACACGCUGGUAAUGCUCUUCGUUAUGCUAAGGAACGAGGCAUCCUUACGGAUACUGCCGACGCUGGUGAGCGAUAUUUAGUCAGCAAGUCUAAUAAUAAAGACCAUCAUGACAUGAUCCAUCAGGUUCGUCAGACGAUUAAAUCACGUUAUGGCAUUGGUGUCUCUAAACCACGGAAAGGUAAGUUUGUAAAGGGGUCGCAAGCCGCAAAAGAUCAUAUGGCAAAGCUUCGCGCUAUGCGUAAGAACAAGCACGGUGGAUCCUUCACAAUGUAA